AUGAAGGUCAUUGCUACUUAUUAUCCCCCGUCGUCUGUCCUAGAUUCAGCCAAAUGCACGCUUGCAGACGACGACGGAUCUGAGUUCUUGCUCGUCGCCAAAUUCAACAGAGUCGACGUCUACGCGAUACGACCAGACGGCCUCCACCACCAGACUGGAAUCGAAAUAUGGGGCCGUGUCAGAGCCAUCAGAACAGUCCCAACACAGGUGCGUGCCUCUGAAUCCACGACCACGCCUGCACUCGUCCUGACAGAUCACCCGGAGCCAGAGCUCAUCUUUCUCUCCUUGACCCAGUCUGGGACAGUCCUCACGGUGACCAAGCGUCUCUCCCUGUUCGAACGCAGUUCGCGUCCGGCGGAGUUCUUCCAUGGCGUCCUCGUCAGCCCCUUCGGAAAAUACGCUGUCGCGAGCGUCUAUACGGCACGACUGCGCAUCGUCUUGCUCGACGCCGAGGGGCAGUACGACAAGGACUUUGAUGCUCCGACCAAGGAACUUAACUUGCUCAGCAUCGCAUUCGUCGCCAAAAACACGCUGGCACUGCUUCAUGUCGACUAUCAGCAGCGGUUGCAGCUUCUUGCCCGUGACAUCAGCUCUAGCGACUUCCAGCUUUCACCAGCGGCCUCUCUGCUUCUUCCUCCCUUCGCGCUCCCGGAGGAUUGGUUCUCUACAGAAGAGCAUCCUCCUCGUCUCGUACUCGUCCCACCCGACCAAGAUGAGGGUCAUGACUUCAAUGGUGCCGUGUUGGUGGUCGGAGGACGCAAGAUUCUCCUCUAUGACCUCGCCUCCAACGAUGCUGCAGCGCACAACCACAGCAAGGCUCUUCGGAUGGAGAAAAAGAAACGCAGUGUCGAUGCAGAAGAAGCGAGCAGGGCAAAACAGAAGGAGAAAGAACGUGAACGAUUUAAGAAAAAGCCGCGUGCAACGGUCGAUUGGCCGUGGUCAGAGGUCACAGCAUUAUGCACACUGGAUGAAAGCCACACAAAAUUCCUCAUCGGUGACAAGUAUGGCCAACUGGCAAUGCUGAACGUUGACAUUACCGAAGGAUUCUCUUUGACCCUCAUCGCUCUUGGAGAGGUGGGUUUGCAUUCCUCACCCACUACUCUGACGUACCUUACCAACCAGGUCAUCUACCUCGGCUCUCACUAUGGCGACUCCCAACUCCUACGGAUAAGCCAAGCCCCCGUGUCCAGCCUGAAUUCUCCUACUCUCCCUGUUCCCUCAUCAGUACGAACCAUCCGACCAGCUGAACUGGGUGCAUUGGGGAAGAGGCGUGCCACCGACGUUGCAGAUGGUGUGGUUGUCAAUGGUUCGGGCAGCCACUUGGCCGAGCUAGAGAGAUUCACCAAUCUCGCUCCAAUCGUGGACGCCGUGCUAGUAGAGAUCGACAACACCGGUCAGAAAGAGAUUGUCACAUGCUCGGGGGGUAGGAACACAGGCUCUCUCAGAGCUGUAAGACGGGGUGCCGAUUUCAAAGAAGCCGCCAUCAUAAAAGGUGUCACCGGCGUGACCAAGGUUUGGACCCUUCGUCAGAAGUACAGCGAUAGUGAACACACUCAUCUCGUUGUGUCCACCCUUGGCAGGACGCAUGUUUUCCGCUUUGACGAGGCGCGAGGCCGGGUGGUGUCCAGCUUACCAGAGAUGCCGUCUGGAUUUGAGACGUCGACCUGCACACUCGGUGUCGCUAACGUCAUGCGUCUUACUAAGAAGGAUAGCUCAUUGAUAUAUGACGAGCAUUCUUCUUUGGUGAUCCAGGUCGUCCCAAAAGGAGUUGUUCUUCUGGAAUAUAAUCUGGAGGCGGGACAGUUUACGCGCAGAAGCGAACUUCCCCUUGACAAGAUCAAUGACCGCAAUAUCCUACCUCAGGCGUUGUCAGGGCAAGAGGUCGUGGCUGCGGACAUUAACGCGUCUCAAGUAAUCCUUGCACUCAAGUAUGGCUGGAUGUUACAGCUCGCGAUCGUGGAUGGCCAGUUUGCAUCGCAGCGGAGUCGACAGCUUUUGGACGAAAUCUCUGCCGUCUCCUGUGUCCCGCUGAGUGGUAAAAGCUUCGCGAAACAUACGACUCAUAUUGCUGUAUCGUUUUGGAAGUCGGAUCACGUCAAAAUCGUGAAGCUUCUCAGCCCAAGAGAGGCUGCAGCCUCACUCUCGGAUUGCCUCAUCGCGGAUGUGUGUGCGUCGGAACGGCUUCCUGCUGCACCGCGAUCGCUGCUGCUGCACGCCUUCGGUAUUAACGGAGAUGAUAAGCAGACGCACCCUCACCUUCUUGUGGGCCUGGUCGAUGGCACUGUCGUCUCAUUUGCAUACAAGGACAAUGCACUCGUGGACAUGAAGCUGAUCUCUGUUGGCGUGCUGCCUUUGUCCUUGCACCCGGUUGUAGUCAAUGGAAAGAGUGGAGUAGUGGCAUGCGGCAGUCGGGCGUCUGUAUUAGGCUGGGAAAAAGGGAGACUUGUGCACUCACCAUUGAUGAUCAAGGCUAGCAUUCCGUCUGACGUUAACGCUGCUGCUUACGUGAAUACGAGGGCGUAUCCUGCGUCCGUGGUCCUUGCGGGUAUGGAGUCUCUUGUGAUCGGAGCGGUGACAAGUUUCGAGAAGAUCCAUGUGCGCUCGGUUCCUCUCGGGUAUGACUCUCCACGAUGCAUUGUCCACUGCCCGUCAUGGAAAGCCUUUGCUAUUGCUUGCCUGCGCAUGAUGCCUGCUCGAGUCAGUGAGGUUGAAGGCGAAGUGUUCAAUUCAUCGGUGCAACUUUUCAACGAGACCACGUUUGAGAAGAUCGCACAGUUAAAUGUGAAGAACAGCGAGGAUGUAACUGCUCUUCAUUACCUGACGGUUACGCUGGCCGGUCAGGUUAUUAACUUCGUUUGCGCGGGGGUGACAGUUUACGAUUACCACGAGCGCGAGCCUUCGCAAGGUCGCGUCAUUUUGCUGCAGAAAUCAACAGGCAACAAUCUCGCUGCUACGCAGGCGCUGACCGUUACGAUAACUGCAGACGUAAAGGGGUGCAUAUAUGCGCUUACCUCGGUGGGCGAUACCAUCGUCGCAGCCGUUAACAGUUCGCUCGUCCUCCUUCGCAUCCAAUACGCAAACAAAAGCAUAUCGUUGCGCGAGGUGACCGUAUGGAAUCAUAAUUACCUGAUUACGACGCUUGUGUCGUAUGGCGAUCUGCUGCUCGUCGGCGACGCCCUCACAUCCGUUUCGUUGGUCAAAGUGAACGACUCGCAGGUAGAGCUGGUCGCCAAAGACUAUGGUUCGCUGUGGCCCACGUGUGCGCAGUUGCUAGAUGAGAAGAGUCUCAUUGGGGCGAAUAGCGACUACAACAUGUUCGCGUUCCGUCUACAAAAGACGGAAUUACAAAAAUUGUUGGAGAGAGAGGGCCAUUAUUUCGUCGGCGACAUCGUUAACAAGUUCGUGCCAGGUAGAGUCUGUGUUUGUUCGGAUGAUUUGUCUGAGGUGUCAGCGGACGUUCCAUUGCAGGCUCAGCAACUGUUCUUCACACCUACUGGACAAAUCGGCGUCAUAAUCAACGUGGACGAGGAGCUUUCUUUGCACAUGACUGCUUUGCAGAGGAACUUGUCGACUUACUUCGAGCGCAAGGAGGGAGUAAGCCAUUCUAGGUUCCGAGCCCCCAAAAACAACUGGGGCAGAAGCGAUUCUGAGGCGUCGUCAUUUGGCUUCCUCGACGGAGACUUCCUAGAACGGUUUUCGCUGCUAAUGGAGGACCCACGAGCGCUCCGUCAAGUGAUGGACGGACAAAGCGAGCCUGAGAGAUUAACAAUCUCUCCUCAGCGGAUCCAGAAGGUGCUAGAGCGGUUGCAGAGUAUGCAUUGA